UCCAACAUGGCUACCCUGGCAACCACUGGAUGCGCGGCCAAACAGUGCUCGGUGGAGGGAGACUCAGGUGACUACCAGCCCUGUGCACCAGCCUCGGUCAGCAGAGACAAUGAGGACCUCAGGUUGAUCAGACAAAAGGCCGCACAGUUUCUAAAGGAAGCUGAGAGGAACCGCAAGCAGAUUGAAAAGUUGGAGAAGGAGAGGACACUGAGUGUACAGUGCAAAAGAAAUGGCUGGACAGACGUGUGUAGAGAGCUGGACGAGUGUGAGAAAGAGAUGGAGGCACAAAGAAAUGCUGAGAAAAUAAAUCUUCAAAAGCAGCUGGUGAAGAUCCAUAACGGUGUGAGGAGAUUUCAGAGACAACUGACAGAUGUAAAGCCAACUCCUGCGCUGAUCGAGAGACUGAAGGAGAUCAUGUCCGAGGUGGAAAUCUCAAUUAACGCGCUAAAGGAGGAACAACGGUCAAGCUUCGAGGAACUUUUCAAGGAGGAGCGGACGUGCAGACAGGAGAUCACGGCGUGCGAGAAAAAGAUUGAAAACUGGAGCCUUGCUGUCCAAACAAAUGAAGCCAAACACCACGCAGCUCCCACUGUUAAGAUGAAACUCCCUGACAGAGACCUCCCUGCUGAGGUCAGAGCACUCGAGGUCUUCCUUCAGAAGACAGGAGGCCAAUAUGGAGGCUGGGACCAGUAUGACCACCAAGCCUUUCUUAAAGUGUGGACGAAGCACGGCGGGCAGCCAGCCUACAGGAAAGAGGCCAAACUGUACCUGCCUGCUAAGACGUGGGAGGAAAUAGAGCAACAUGAGGACUGGCAUCAGGAACUGAUCUACCUGCAGGACCGAAAGAGAGAGGCUAUUCAGAGGUGGAGAGCAAUCAAGCAUCAGCGACGCCAGACAAGGAUACAGAGUCAGGAAGAAGCGGAGGAGGCGGAAAGGAAGGAGAAGGAGAAGGAGGCCAGGAGCCAGGCCCACCUACACAAGACUGAGGAGGAGAGGAGGGAGACGGCGCGUCAGCUGGAGGAGUGGAGGGAAGAGAGGAGAAGGAAUGAAGAAGAGGAGGAGAGGCAGAGAGUGGCUGAGGAGAUACAAAAGAGGAGACAAGCAAAGGAAGAGCGCCGCCGCCAGCUGGAAGUGAAGCUGACCAUCGAGGAGCAGCUACGCCUUAGGAGAGAGGAUGAGCAGGAGCAGGAGAGGAGGAGGAGAGAGGAGGAACAGAGGGAAAUGGAUGAGAGAAGGAAGGCGGCAACAAAGGGGAUCAAGCGCUUUAAUGAAAGGGAUCUUCAGAAGGUGGAGGCAAAGCUUCAGGAGAAACAGCUGAGGGAAAAAGAGGAGGAGGAGAGACAAAUGAGAAUCGCUGCUAAGUUAAAGGAGAAGGUGGACGGUCACGUCAGCAGAGACGCCUCCAGGCUCACUCGACCCACACAGGGAUGGAAGGAGCGAAUGAAAAACAUCGGACCUUCAGGGGGAGGGCCUGUGCUCCAGAUGUUUCACAGAGCUGUUCCCACUUGGAGACAAGGCCUAUGAUAAGCACCAAAAAGAGAAAACUGAGCCGCCCUGGAAUGCAUUCAAUGCAGUUUUCCAAGAUAUUAGACUAUAUUUAAAAAAAUGGAAAUAGGAUUGUAACGCAAUGUUGUGUAUUUAUUUGGAUCGAAUGUGUGUUUCUGCAAUCUAUAUCUAAAGUUCACUAAGUUUUAUGAAUCUGUUGUUCUUUG